CAAUGCAGUUAAGUACAAGGACAAACGGAGAAAAUUGGUGCAACAGGACCCGAAUGAGAGAGUCAAAGUAGCUGGUGACAGAGUGGAAGACAUGACUAUGAUUAUGAAGCUAGACCAAGUCUUUGAUGACUAUGAGAAUCAAAAGGGCAAAGCAGGACCUCUUGGGAUGCAUGGAGGAAAGGGCUUUGAAGAAAGACUAGUCAACUUGGAAAACGGGAUUGAACGUACCAAUGAUGCCCUGGAUUGGAUGAUCAGUGCUCUUUCAAGUCUUUCAAGUAGCGUUAAUAGGGAGGUCAAAUUGGCACCACCCAAACUCAAGGACAUCCAAAGAAGAGAAGAUUCUGUAGACAUUGCAGAGGAAGUACCGGUAUCUAGACUUGAAGUGCCUGUCUCCCUAGAAGCUUUAGGUAUCAUGAUUCAUGAGAAGUCACGGGCCAGUCCCUAUCCUGGGACAGCGAUGAAAAGAUACCCUGUCCCAGACGACAAGGUUCCUUGGGAGACCGCUUUCCCGCAAUACACACCGGUGCAAUACACUCAUCGGAGUGUAGAGGCAGGUCCCCACUGGGCAGACAUUGAUCUCAUGAGUAUGCCAAAGAACUCACGUCCAGUACUCCUCUACAAUCAGAUGGAUGAGAAAUGUAAAUACAACAGGAGGAGUCGCAUGAAGGAGUACCAAAUCAAAGACGGGCUUCCACUAAAUCCCAAAGGACGUACAGGACUCAGUGGUAGGGGUCUACUAGGGAGAUGGGGUCCUAACCAUGCAGCUAAUCCCAUAGCAACAAGAUGGAAGAGGAAGCCAGAUGGAGACAUCUUAAUGGAUGAAGACAAGCCAGUCCUAGAGUUCAUUGCUAUACAGAGAGUGGAUAAUCAGCAAUGGGCAAUACCAGGUGGUAUGGUAGAGCCAGGUCAUUUGGUCGGUGAGACUCUGAAGAGAGAGUUUGGAAAGAAGGCCCUGGGUGCUCUCAACAAGACAGACGAAGAAGCUGCUCGCAUCGGGGAACAUGUUGAGGAGCUCUUCUCGAAUGGUUUAGAGGUAUACAAGGGUUAUGUGGACGAUCCAAGGAACACCGAUAACGCCUGGAUGGAGACGGUCGCAAUGAACUUCCACGACGAAGAUGGUUCUGGCUUUGGUUCUUUCACUCUGGAGGCUAGCGACGAUGCUCAGAGUGUAACGUGGCAGCGAGUCAGCUCCGAGAUCCCUCUAUUUGCCAGUCACACAGCCAUACUCACGAAGGUAGCCGAGUUACACAAAGCCGCAUUCUAAAGUAACACCCGUCCUCUGUAGGGGCAGGUGGCCCGGCAGCAACGAAGCCUUCAGCCAGUCACGUCUUUCUGCAAGGUGCCUUUGGGGUAGUUUUCAUACCUCCACUCAUUUUUAUCCCGUGCGUGCGUCCGUUGGUAACAAAUUUGGUUUCCAAUCGAUAACUUGACGGAUUGACGGAUUUUAAUGAAAUAUGAUAUGAAGGUACAUGAUA